AUGGCCCAUUACAAUGCCUUUUUACGGACGUCCGAGAGGGCGGGGAAAGAAUGUGGCGGGUAUCGGGAUGUGCUGGCUCUGCUCUUCCGAGACGAAACUGAUAGAGCAGCUCGGCGAUCCGCCACAGCGAAAUCUCGCGCGGGAGAGCGUCAGAAGGUUGGGACCGACCUGUGCAAAGACAAAAUCUUGCCUAACUCUUGGCCUUCUAUCACCUGGCCAAAUCCUCCAAUCUCAGAGGCUGCCGAGCGGAAGCUCAUAACCCGGGAACCUCCUGCCCUCCCCGCCGUGGUUUCCUCGUCCGCAGAUGAGCAAGGGCUCAGGUUCUUUUUCGAUCGAUUUACCCACCGAUACAAUGGAGUAAAUAGUGCCAACCUGACUGAGGUCUCAGAGCUGCCACCUCUAUUGCAAAUCGUUUUUGAUGAGCUGUCUAUACGGGAUGCAGUGGUGGCAGUUGGACUCGCCGCGCUAGCGAACAUCAAGCAUGACCGUGCGCUGAGGCUAGCCUCGCAGGAGAAGUAUGUGGUGGCUCUCAGGUAUACGCGACAGGCAGUGGAGAACCCUGAUGGUGCCCAUCCGUCUCAUACAUUUAUACUUAUUAUGAUGCUCACGCUAUACGAGAUGACUUGUUGCAGCAACGGCAAUAUUGAUGCGUGGGCAACGCAUGUCGAAGGUGCUGCAGCUCUAAUGCAGUCCAAUGCAUUCAGAUCGGCCUUUCGAUCUUCGCACUCACGUCCAAAUAUCCAAUUCUUUUUUAUUUCCAUCAUCAAAUAUUUUCUCGACCAGGGAUCAAUAUCAGCGGAGCUACGAGACUAUACCCACGACACGAUCAUUUCCCCUGCCGUUGAUGAACUCCCGGCCGUUCACCUCGUCGAUAUUCUGGUCCGGUUUGUCAAACUUCAUCAAUACUUACGAGAUAACCUGAAUUGCGACCCUGAUACUGCCGUCCAAUUGAUUCAGGGCGUUGACUCCGAAUUUGAAGAAUGGAAGAUAAAGCUCCCCCAAAAAUGGGCUUUUGUCCUUGACAAGACCGAUGAUAUGGGGAGUUCUUUAUAUGGGGAAAAGAAUGGGCUACAAUUUCUCCUGGUCAGCCUCUGA